UAUAUCGAGUUUGAUCAAACUUUGAAGUUGCCCGUGGAUACUUUAUAUAACAAGGGGUGAAUGGUCGGCAAAAUGGCAGAUUCUUUGGAAAAAUUAGUCAUUGCACGGGAAAAGAAUUUUGUUAAACAAAAUAUUCUUCGCGCGAAACGUUCCUAUCCGGCAGAGCCCAAGUGGCGAUCCGUUGAUACUCGUCACGGCGACACACAUGAUUUAAAGAGGAGUGGAUUACUUCCGAUUUACGUGCAUAAGAAAAAUUAUGGAAAAGUACCGAGAUUUGUCGCGAUAUGCGCGAAAGCCGAUGCGAGGGUAGAGACACCCGAACGGCUUGAUGAAGAUAAGGUAUCAAGAGUACCGGUAUGCCGAUACAUCGACAAGGAGGAGCGAAGAAUGGUGCUGGAUGGCAUGAAGCAGAAGUGGGAGGAAACGAUGAAACAAUUUCAGGGAUUGCCUUUUCUCGCAGACACGUUACCAAAGGCGCAGAGGAAGGCGAGGAUGGAGCGCGAGUUGCAACAGCUCGAGAAAGACAUAGCAAUUAUCGAGCAACAUCCGCAUAUAUACGUUUAUGACGACGCGGUGCACAUAUUGUAACGCCUAAUAUAAUGAGCUGACAUAAUCAAAAUCUAUGUAAUAUAAUUGGUAUUCAAAUAUUCCUGGAAUUUUUAUGAAUUAUAUGUAAUAUAGAAACACAGAUUACAUACGAACGUCGAACCGAGAUUAUAUUAGAGGAAGUAAACAUACAUAUAUAAAUGUUCUUUAUACAUAAUUAUAUGCAUUUGUUUUCAUGUAAAAAAUUUUUUACUGGGUGAUUCAUAUGUACUUGGCCAGAAAUGACCGUUUUUUUAAAGAUGAAAAAAUUUGUGAGUCAUUCGUUUAAUUGUAAUUA